GUGAAGGCUCAGAAGUUAAUGAAAGGGUCCACUGUACCCAACCUCACGGUUAUGCCCUCUUCUCAUCGCACGGAUCCCUAUUUCAUCCCCAUACCAGUCUUACAAAAGGAUGCCAGUAAAGGGAUUUUAAACAUGAUAGAACGAGGAUUGAUCCCCCCAACAGCAAAGAUUACCUUCAGGAAUCCACCCAUUAGGCCCAAAGCAGCUCCUCUGCACAGUUUUGAUGAAUCGCAUAAGAUUCCAGUCUCUGCCCCCUUCUAUGAACCUCAGAAACCACCGCCGGCUCCAGCAGAAGUAGAGGUGUCUCACAAGAAACAAAAAUUAAAGGUGAAAGGCAGAAGGUCAAAAGGACAUCUUGAUAAGAAGGGCAUGAAAGUCACCCCACCUUCUAAAGGUCAGAAAUUACCAUGGGAUUAUGACCUUUGUAUUUAUGAUGGCUUCAUAGACAAGACAGCCCCAGACUUCAUAGCAUUCAAAGAGCAUUUUAACUUAGCUUGGGGGAGUAUUUUUUCUCUCUUGGAACAUAUCGAGAAGUUUCUCAGGGACUAUGCAAUACCAGAAGUCAAAAUCAAAGGGAAGAACUUGCUGGCCCUCCUUCCAGAGUUUGAGCUGAAUAAUAAACUUACCCGAUACAACCUGCUCUCACUGCUGGAGAACCCAGUUCACGUCCAAAUGCUGUUAAAUCGCCCAGGACAGAGGUUCAAGGGCCAAGGUGGGAAGGCAGAAGCUGCCGUCAAGAUCCAAGCUACAUGGAAAUGCUACAAAGCAAGAAAAUACUUCCUUGUUUACCGUCAGCAGAAGUGGGCGUCAGGUGUGAUCGCCCUUGCUUGGCUUUUACGUUGCCAUAAGACCCGAGUGAAGAAGAUCCUGAAGGAAUCGCGGCAGAGACACCUGGAGAAUUUCCGAAUGCGAGCCAAGCAUCUGGCAGCCAACUGGAAUCGCAUCAGGACCUCCAGGAGGACGAUUAUCCAUAUCCCAUCAUUAGGAUAUUCCCAGCAGGCGCGAGAAGGUGUCACCGACCUCAACAUACAGCAGAACAGGCAACUGGGGCGGCUGUGUGACAUCAUAGAUGUCAAUGUGAAUGUCAUCUACAUCUGCUCCCAUCAUAUGAACGACGAGUUAGUGCUGUAUUACAAUAAAAUCCUGAGUCUGCACGCAGCUGUCAAAUCAGGGAACCUUGAGGACAGAAGUGACCUGCAGGACAGGUUCAAAAUUAUCACCCCUGAAGCUGUAAACUUCUUCCCUAAGCAUCACAUGUGCUUGGCCACUCACCUGAUGUACAGUCCCAAGGCAAUCAAAAGAAUAAAGCAUCUCAUCCAGGGAAGAGAGGCCUACAUCGUGGGCGGGUUCCUCCACAGAGAUGACUUGGCCGUGGCUGACAUGUUAGAUGUGCCCAUCUUGGGCACAGAGCCUGAACUCGUCCACCUUUACAGCACCAAGUCCGGAAGUAAACGGAUCUUUGACAAAGCCAAUGUGCCUGUCCCUCCUGGGAUAUACACCCUCUUUAAUUUUCAGCAGAUGAUAGAACAGCUGAGCCAGCUGGUGACGGAUCACCUGAAAAUUCAACGCUGGCUCUUUAAAAUGGACUCAGAGUUUGGAGGAAAUGGGAUGGCAUUUUGUGACAUUCCUUCCCAUCUAAAUUGCUACAAGUGGGUGUUAAAGGAGAGUGACAGAUACGGCUCUGAAGACUGGAACAAGAAGUGGGCACAAGAGCCAGCUUUGGUGAAGAUCUCUGAGGAGCUGGCGGGCAUUUUAGCACAGCACGCACAGCCAGUCAAUGAGAAACGGUUCCCGACGUGGAGGAAAUUCCUCCAAACAUUUCUCAGUCAAGGGGGCGUGAUCGAGGCCUUCCCACCUGCAGAUAGCAUCACCAACCUGACGGUGGACAUGCUGAUAGAGCCCAAUGGAGAAAUUAGGUUGCUGUCAACGGGAGACCAGCUCCAUUCCGAAAGCCCCUUCAUCUCCUCUGGGACUACCAUGCCUCAGACCUCCGUGGAUCCCCAAGUUCUCAGUUCUUUGUGUCUCCAAAUUGGAGAGGCCUGCAAGACGCGAAAUGUGAUUGGUCACUUUUCUGUAGAUCUGGUGACUUUUAUUGAUCCAAGCACCUUGGAACAGCAGGUAUGGGCAACGGACCUCAGCAUCUCGUACAGUGACCAGCUGGCCCUGACUCAGCUCACCCUGUAUCUGACGAAUGGCCAUCUGGAUUGCAGUUUGAGCAUCCUUAAAGUGCCCCCCUACGUACCAAGGAAAGAAAGGAGAUUGAGGCCCUGUGGCUCCCUGACAGAGCCGUUGCUGGCAACCAGCCGCUAUGCCGUGAUGAGCACCCAGCUGAGGCACAACAAUCUCUCUCUGGUUUUCCACUAUGUCUUUCUCCAGAUGUGCAAGGCCCACGGCAUCGGCUAUGACCUCGAGGACAGACAAGGAACUAUUUUUAUAUUAUAUGAACACCUGAAGAGAGACAAGCUGGGCAUGCUAACAAUCGGUGUGGAUCUCCAGGGGGUCCUCAUGACCUUUGCUCGCAAUCUCUUCAUCAUCCAUCAAGAAAUAUCAACACCUAAUAUGCAAGGCGAGACCAAUUUUAAGACCGCCAUUGAUGAUAUUGAAAGUAUUCUGAAAGUAACAGAAGAAAAUAAAAUCAGAUCCGAAGAGAAGCAGUCCAAAGACAGUGAUGACCCCUCCAGGCCUGAUGCCAAGGCACAUUAAGAUUUUGGAUACCAGUCUGGAGCUGGAAAGGGCAGUAUUUCUUUUGUUAUAGGAAUAAAAGUCAGGGGAAAUGAGUUUGUUUUGUUUUCUAAGAGACAAAUCAGAACAAAUUAUAAUGUAAUGCUCUUUUUAAAACUGUGUUUAUUAAGUGAUAUUACUUCCCUCCAUGAAACCCAAACUCGUUGGUGUUCUCACUUGAGAGUGUCAAACAAUCCCUUCCUCUUCCCAAACUAGGGAAAAAAAUAAUCUUAUAAAAGAAGAAAGGGACAAGUCUAACUGAUACUUCAUCUAUUUCUCAGCAAGCUCUAUGAUUAUGCACUUUUCCUUUGUUAUGUUUUAUAAAGUUUUCUCCAAUUUCUAUGAUUCAUAUAUCUUCUACAUUUCAAACAUUGAA